CUUAGGAGGAGGAAGAAGGGUUAGGACCCAGCUUGUGUAUAUCGCUUUUGAAGAUUAGAGUUAGAUACACCAAUAUCAUCCUAUCUAUAGUCUCUAGAGAGAGAGAGAGAGGAUACACGUAAUUGACCACCACCAUCCUCCUCCGUCGUUGUUGUAUACUUUGAGAGAGAGAGAGAGAAGGGGAAGCUAGGUAAUUUUGGAGUGUUGGGGGGAGGAGGAGCUCCUUGGCUUGGCUCCGACGUGGUGGUCGUUCUCCCUCCCUCACUCCAUCCUCUCUCUGUCUGUCUUUCUAUAGUAUAGUAGUCAAAUAUCGGAAUCUCAGGAUCAAUCCUUCUCGAAACCUCCACCACUAGCCAGAAGCAAAGCAAUCUAUGUACUAGCAACUAAAUAGUGGUAGUGAAUAACUAUACAUUUUUUCUAGUGGAAAAAGAUAUGUCGUCGGUUUGUAUCGUCCAACACCAACACCCCUUAUCUAUCAUGAAUUUCAUGGCUGGGUCUCCUCCUCCACCAAUUCCCCACUUGUCCAGGAUCAAAUCCUCCACCAAUCCCCCUCUCUUUCCUCACCCCCUUCAUUCUACCAUCUCCACCUCUCCACUCACUCCUGCUCCUACUUUUUCUUUUCCCUUUUCCAGCUCUUCCUCCGCAUCUUCUCUAUUUUUCCCUUUCCCCGGCACCCCUACCUCUCCUCCUAUUAUUACUCCUCUUCCUUCUUCUUCUAUGUCUACCUCCUUUUCAACUUCUUAUUACUCUGACAAUAAUGGCUUUGCCUACCACCACCCUACUCCCACCACCACCAGGCUCUCCUCCUCCUCCUCCGACGAUGGAAGUUCCGAUGAUUUUAGUCAUACAACCACCCAUUCCCAAACUGAUUCCGACUCUGAAGAUGAUGAUGAUGACGAUGACGACGACUCCCACGUUCCAAUUCCUCAAUGCCACCGCCGCCGCAGCUGCCACCACAAUCUUCAUGAUUUCUCUCCUCAUUCUCCUUCUUCUUUGCCCGACAGAUGGGACGUCUUGGGUCUCGGCCAGGCCAUGGUUGAUUUUUCUGGCAUGGUUGAUGAUGAAUUCCUCGAGAGACUUGGACUGGAAAAGGGUACAAGGAAAGUUGUAAAUCAUGAGGAAAGGGGUAGAGUUUUACAGGCUAUGGAUGGAUGCAGCUACAAGGCUGCAGCUGGUGGCUCUCUUUCCAAUAGUCUGGUCGCCUUGGCCAGGCUUGGUGGUCUACCUGUUGGAGGCCCUUCCCUAAAUGUAGCUAUGGCAGGCAGUGUUGGAAGUGAUCCGCUUGGUGGGUUUUACAGGUCAAAAUUGAAACGAGCAAAUGUGAGUUUCCUGUCGGCACCUGUUAAUGAGGGAACUACUGGAACAGUUGUUGUUCUCACAACACCAGAUGCCCAGCGUACAAUGCUUGCUUAUCAGGGUACAUCUUCCACCAUUAGUUAUGAUUCCUCCUUGGCUAGCUCAAUUUGCAAAACAGAUGUGCUCAUUGUUGAAGGAUAUCUAUUUGAAUUUCCUGAUACAAUCAAAACCAUAUCAAAAGCAUGUGAGGUUGCCCGCAGCUUUGGUGCUUUAGUCGCUGUCACAGCAUCAGAUAUUUCUUGCAUUGAGAGACACUAUGAUGAUUUUUGGGACAUCAUGGCUAACUAUGCUGACAUCGUUUUUGCGAAUAGCGAUGAAGCCAGAGCUUUCUGUCACUUUUCCUCGAAGGAAAGCCCCGUUUCGGCUACAAGGUACCUAAGCCACUUUGUGCCUCUAGUAUCGGUGACGGAUGGACCAAGAGGAUCUUAUAUUGGGGUGAAAGGGGAAGCAGUGUAUAUUCCUGCUCCUCCUUGCAUGCCGCCGGUGGAUACUUGUGGUGCGGGGGAUGCUUAUGCUUCAGGUAUAUUGUAUGGUAUACUGCGGGGAGUUUCGGAUUUGAAAGGUAUGGGUGGCUUUGCCGCUAAGGUGGCAUCUGUAGUUGUUGGGCAACAAGGAACUCGGCUUAGGGUGCAAGAUGCUGUGAAACUGGCCAAGUCUUUUGCAUUGUGUCGGGAGAGCUCCUCCGCCAUUUGAUUUAGGUCGUCUGAUGGUCUCAAGUUUGUGAUAUUAUUAAUUACUAGGGCACAUAUUCAUUGUAGUAAUUUGUAAGAAUAGAUUUGAUUAGACAAAAUGGGGGAACAGCACCACCAUGUAUGUGGUUUUCUCAGCUUCUAGCUAUUGUAGAUCCAGUCAAAUUCGUUGCUGUAACUUGUAAUCAGAAUCACAAGUUUAUUAGCUAGCUGAAGUUGAUGCCGAAUACUUGCGUGAGAGAAAAUGAAGCUUGAUUUUGAAGUUGCAAUUGCGUAAAGAUACAAA